UUAUGGAAGUAGACACACAUGCGCACUCAUGUACUGCUGAGUGAACUCUGGUUGAUAGCAGGCAGCCGGGCGGCGUACUGGUGGAAGAGCGGCGUACCACCACCAGAUCUUUUGCCGGUACAUAGUACCGGACCGUACCGGCUUACUUUCACCCCUGGUUCCAGCACAUAUGGGUGUGGAGGGCAAUGAGGAAGCAGAUAGCUUGGCACAAAGAGCAACCCAGGAGGACAGGCUAGAAUUUGAUUUACCACAUGGAGACUAGGAGCAGCUGGAUGAACUGCUUUUAAUCUUUGCUUUCUACUUUACAUGCAGGAGUGGACAAAUAUGAAGAAACUUCUGAACUUUCUCAUAACCGCAGGACUGUAUCAGAAAAUAGAGGAUUCUCUCAGGACUAUGAAUAACAUUCCAGUAGGUGGCAGCAAUACGCCAGUGAUGCGUCUAGUCUGCCUUAUUCAAGGAGGAAGAAGAAAGUUACUUCGUGUUUCUGCCGGAACUUCAUAACGUGACACCCGGCGGAUUUAAACAAAGAAGCAUGAGCAGAGUUAGCUUUACUGCUGUGUGGACUGAGCUAUAAAACGGCUGUAUUAUAGUAUCACUGAGAAAUAUUAGAGCAUUAAAGUAACGAUGUCUCCAGUUGAUUAUAUGAGAGAGUUGAUCAGGGACAGACUAACUGCUGCUGCUGGAGAAAUAUUCACAGAGUUUGAAAAAACCAUCGUCCAGUACCAGGAGGAGAUCGAUCGUCAGCGCAGACUGCUGGAUGUCAUCUGGAAACCACACAUCCCCUUACAAUCCAUAGAGCUCCCACAGUCUUAUGUCUGUGAGAAUGAGAAGACUCUCAUUGACCAUCAGCCCCAUGACCAGGAGAGAAACUCCAUGGUGGACCAUGAUGACCCAGAGCCUCCACUGAUUAAAGAUGAGCAGGAGGAACUCUGCACCAGUGUGGACCAAUCAAACCCAGAGAUUUCUCAAAUUAAAAGAGAACAGGAAGAAUUCUGCACCAAUCUGAACCAGUCAAACCCAGAGCAUCCUGAAAUUAAAAAGGAACAGGAUGAACUCUGCACCAGUCUGGGCCAGUCAUACCCAAGGUUUCAACAAGUUAAAAAGGAACAGGAGGAACUCUGCUCCAGUCAGGAGGAACAGCAACUUGGAUUGAAACAGGAGACUGAUACCAUUGUUGUGACUCCUGCUUAUGAGGAAAGUGACCACGGUGAACCAAAAUCAAACACUGAUCAGCUCCUGUUUCACAUCUCUUUUGCAGCAGAGAGUCCAGAUCAGGAAGGAAGCAAGGAUGUAGACUCAGGAUCAACUAGCUGCAUUAAGGUGAAGUCAAGACAUCACAGUACCAGCAGUCACAGCAAUGAUGUAGACAGUGCUCCAACGUCAGAGAGACAGUGUGAUAAUGACAAGACAAGAAAAUCUCUAACAUGCGAGGUCUGUGGAAAAGCUUUUAGGUGUAAGGCAGAUUUAAUCACACAUCACAGAACCCACACAGGUGAGAAGCCAUAUUCUUGUGAAACCUGUGGAAAACGCUUCAGUCAACAGCCCUAUUUGAACUCCCACAUGAGAUGUCACACAGGUGAGAAGCCGUAUGUUUGUCACACCUGUGGUAAAAGAUUUUCUCACUCAUCAGCACAUAAGAGGCACAUGGCAAUUCACAAAGAGGAAAAGGCAUAUUCUUGUGGAACCUGUGGAAAACGCUUCAGUCAACAGCCCUAUUUGACUGCCCACAUGAGAUGUCACACAGGUGAGAAGCCAUAUGUUUGUAACACCUGUGGAAAAAGCUUCACUCAAAGGUCCCAUUUGACUGGCCACAUGAGAUGUCACACAGGUGAGAGGCCAUAUUCUUGUGGCACCUGUGGAAAAAGCUUCAGUCAACGGACCCAUUUGACUGGCCACAUGAGAUGUCACACAGGUGAGAAGCCAUAUGUUUGUAACACCUGUGGAAAAGGCUUCAGUCAACGGACCCAUUUGACUGCCCACAUGAGCUUUCACACUGGUGAGAAGCCAUUUUCUUGUGGAAACUGGGAAAUGUUUCGGUCGUCGGGAUAACUUGAGGACUCACAUGAGAAGUCACACACGUGAGAAGCCAUGAUCCUGAAACAUCUGUGGAAAACAUAGUGUCAGAACUAAGCUUGAAGCUGAAGUGUCUGAUCUGAUCUGAGUUCUGAGGAGUUUUUUACCACAAAAUGGGACCUGACUACAGGUGUUACUUAUUUCAUUGAUAUGUUUUUUUCUGCUCAAGAAAUUCUAUGCGUGUUGACUUUGGGAUCCACUGUCUAGCCAGAGAUUAUUUGAGGCCCUUUGGACCCUACAGAGUCUAGGGGCUCCAUUUGAGGGGGGCCAUCCUGUUUUUCACCAAAGACAUUGAUGUAGACCAGAUGUUGUAAUUCUAGCCUUUACCAGAGGGUAUAAAAUGACCACCAGCCUUUUGUUUGAUGAGAUUUUGUACUGGGCUUCUGGAAGUCUCCCCAGGCAGACCAUGGCACCUGAUCAGAGGCUGUCUUUUUAUAUAAUAAAUCAUAUUGUAUUAAACAACAGUGUCAAUGGACAUUUUCUUCUGCAUCUGCACAUCUCCGAGGUCUGAGAGAAACUACAACAAAACAUGUAUGAAUUGGUACAGGUUCAAAGUAGAUCUCUGAGAUUUAAAGCACCUUUAGUCUGUGCUUCAACAACAAUUGUGAGAAAGUAUGUAAGCAGUCCUUGAUGAUUAGACCAGAUGGAGUCUGGACUGUGGUGGUGGUGGAGCAGUCAGAAGAACCAAGCUGAAUAUCUGGAUGGAUAUGGUGUUAGUACAGACUGCUACAUUUCUGAUAUCAUGACAUCCUUCAUCAGCAGAGCAGUGAUUUGAGAUAUUAUGAAGCUGUUUGGAACAUUUUCACAUCCUGCUGAAAGAACAUGGCUGUUCAGGUGUGAACAUACUGCUGGAAUCUACACAGCUUGAGUUCUGUUGUCUUUCAAGUAAAAGGAGGCAACAAGAUACUGAGAUAUUGUGACAGUAGAACACAACAGAGUGUCACUGCAGCAGAGAUGUGCACGUGAAAUAAAGUUGUAAUAAAACAUG